AUGUCGUUCCUCGUCGAGACCACCAGCCGUCGUCUGGCUACCCUCCCCCGCGUUGUCCCCAGAACCUUGGCCGCCGCACCCAGGUCCUUCACCACCACCGCUCCCGUCCAGAAGUCGCCGACCGAGGCCGUGAAGGACGGCCUGAAGACUGUCGACCGCAAGGUCAGCGACAAGCUCGUUGACGGUAUCAAUGUCGGAGCCAACGUCGCCGAGAAGGUUAAACAGGCCGUCCCCAACACCACGGGCGAGGCCAAGGGCAAGGCCCAGGAGCUCAAGGGCGAAGCCUCAGGCAAGGCCAGCGAGCUGUCCGGCCAGGCCAAGGGCAAGGCGAACGAGCUCGCAGGCAAGGCCCAGGGCACCGCCGAGCAGGUUAAGAAGAACAUGUAA